AGGGGCAGUGCUGCCCGAGGAAGUGGGGCCGAGCUCCCGCCCCAGUCGGACAUGCGGCUGCUGUGCCGCGCCCUACGGGGAGCUCAAGGCUACCGGGCAGCCGCUGUGCUGCCCCCUCACAGCCACCGGACCGCCCCUCCGGUCGGGAGCAGCACGGUGGGACUAUGUCCGCCGCAGCCGCUCCGCAAUCUGUGCUCCCGGCCCGGUUUGGAGGAGCUGUUCGCCGCCCCUUCUUUACACCGCUUGCUGGAGGCGCGGGCGCAGAGCGCGGUCGGGGCGGGGUCGGAGCUGGCGGCGCGGAUCCAGCGGCUGCGCGACAAGGAGCGGGAGCUGCGCGACACCCGGGAGCUGGCGCGGCAAGAUGAGAGUGAAGAUUUGCGGAAACUUGCAGAAAGAGAAAUUGCCUCCUAUGAAGAAGAGAUAUCUGAACUGAAACACCAGAUAGUGUUGCUUUUGAUUCCUUCAGAAGAAACAGACGAGAGUGAUCUUGUCCUGGAAGUAACUGCUGGAGUUGGAGGGCAGGAAGCCAUGCUGUUCACCUCGGAGAUAUUUGAUAUGUAUCAACGAUACGCUGCCUAUAAGAAGUGGAAAUUUGAAAUAUUAGAAUACUUUCCCAGUGAAAUAGGUGGCCUAAGACAUGCAGUUGCAAGUAUAGCAGGUCUUGAGGCUUACAAGAACAUGAAAUUUGAAGGAGGAGUGCAUCGUGUUCAGCGGGUGCCCAAGACAGAAAAACAAGGACGCAUUCACACCAGCACCAUGACUGUUGCAAUAUUACCCCAACCCACUGAGAUGAGGCUGCAAAUUAAUCCAAAAGAUCUACGGAUAGAAACAAAACGAUCAAGUGGAGCUGGAGGCCAGCAUGUUAAUACCACAGACAGUGCUGUUCGGAUAGUUCAUAUUCCAACAGGAAUCGUGUCCGAAUGUCAGCAAGAAAGAUCUCAGAUCAGAAACAAAGAGAAGGCCAUGCAAAUGCUAUGUGCUAAGCUAUACAAUGCCAAACUGGAAGAAGAAACAAAAAAGAGAAACACUGUUCGAAAGAUUCAGAUUGGGACUAAAGGAAGAUCAGAGAAGAUCAGAACAUACAACUUUCCACAGGACCGAAUCACUGACCACAGAAUAGGCAGAUCAGUGCACCAUAUUGAGAGUUUCAUGCUCGGGGAAGAAAUGCUAGAUGAAAUGAUACAAACUCUGAGAGAAUAUGCUAAUUAUGAAUCCUUAGUGGAAAUUAUUUCAGAAAAUGAAAAAAAAUAAUCUAUCCUGAACACUGUGCUUUGUUAGCCCCUGGCAACAACCAUAGACAUACGUCUUCAAAGGAGCUUCCUGGACCACCAUCCAGAAAACGCAGAUAGUGAAGGAGCACUGAAACUUGUUUCCUCAUGACUGAUACACAGUUUUCUUACUUGCUGAGUAAAACAGUUCAUUACCUUCACGUGAGAUAUUGCUGUUACUGCAAUCCACUUAAAAAAGUAAAUUUGACUGGGCCACAAGUAAUUGCAGUUUUUACUUUUCUCCACUGAGAAGGUCCUGAUACACCAGUCUCAAAAGGUAUGCAUUAAAAAAUGCGCACUAUUUCUAGUUCCAAUUUUCAUUUAAACAAUAGUUUAAAUGUCAUUACAGUGUAAAAUAGUUUGAGAAAACAAAACAAAUCCAAUUCUGUCCAAGUGAUUGGAAGAAAGUGAUAAAUAAAUUACCUCGCUA